AUGUUGGGUUCUCGAUUCAUUGUUGCCACUCUGUUGGCCAGCGUCGCCUCCGUCGCCCAGGCUGCUGCCAUCACGCCCCGCCAGCUCUUGGGCUCAUUGGGAAGCAUCCAGUGCAACCUUGCCCGCGUGCGCAUCGUGGGCGCCCUAGGUGACGCCGGAGAUGCCAUCAACACUAUCCAAGACCCGGCUACCUCGGCUGCGGCAACUACUGGCCUCGACCAGGCCAACGCUGGGAUUUCCCAGAUUGCCAGCGCUAUCAUCGCAGGCGAGGCGCCUCCUGACGCAGGUCGCACCGAGGUUGAGGCCGGCCUAAAGGCUAUGGGAGAUGCUUUAGCAGCUGGCGACAGCACCGACACCGCUGUUAGUGAAGCGCAGAAUGCUCUUGAUGACGCAACUGCUGCUGGUCAAGAUGUUGUUGCCCAAUGCUAA